GUGGCUGCUGCCUAGGCAACGGGAGGGGGGGAAAAAAAAGGAGGCCGCGGCCCUUUCAACGGAGUGUAUGGAGGAGUUGGAGGGCUUCGCUUUCGUCUUCCUCCGGGCGGUGGCGAAGCAGCAAUGGAGACGUUAGAAGAAGAAAACUUUGGUGUGUCUAUCUCUUCGCCUUCUGAUGCUGAAUUUGAUGCUGUUGUCGGAUAUUUGGAAGACAUCAUAAUGGAUGAUGACUUCCAGCUGAUACAAAGAAACUUCAUGGAGAAGUACUACCAAGAGUUUGAUGACACAGAGGAGAAUAAGCUAAUUUACACACCUAUUUUUAAUGAAUAUAUCUGCUUAGUUGAGAAAUACAUUGAAGAGAAGCUCUUGGAUAGGAUUCCCGGCUUCAGCAUGUCUGCAUUCACCUUGUCGUUACAGCAACACAAGGAUGAAAUAGCUGGGGAUAUUUUUGACAUGCUCCUCACGUUUACUGACUUUCUGGCCUUUAAAGAAAUGUUCCUGGAUUACAGAGCUGAGAAAGAAGGUCGAGGUCUGGACUUAAGCAGCGGAUUGGUGGUGACACCCUUAAGCAAGUCUGCCACGUCGCCUUCCCACAACAUCCUGCGACACUAGCUUUGGCGUCCGAAAGACAGCUGCCUCCACGGGGGUGGGCAAGCCAGAAGAGGCAGAAAAGUACCGCAUGGCAAGCAAACGUUUUCAGCUUGUUUUCAGCUUGUUCUCAUAUGAAUGAAGUGUUUCCCCCCAAUCAGUGACUAGUGUUGCCUCUGGGCUUGGUAGAAUAAUGAUCCCUUAGGCACCUGGCCUCAUUUGGUGCCUGCUCCACGUCCGUUUUAUGUCAUGGAAAUGAAGAAGUGCAACAAUCUAUUUAAAAUAAUAAUAAAAACCCACAAAGUCCUGCCACAUCUCUUUUGUGAGAUAGAUGUCAUGGAACACACACCUCGUGUGAAGUGGUUCUAAUUGUGCAGCCUCUACAAAGCAUCAGAACCACAAAUGGUUUUUAUGGUUUCAAAUGACACAUAUUGAGCUUUAGCAGGUUCUGUAUGUUUGUGUGUUUGAUAUGAAUAUAUAUAUAUUAUAUAUAUAGAGAGAGAGGAAUUGUGAAUGUGUAUGUUUUCCUCUAUCCCAGGCUUGACUGUUUUAACUCUCUUGACUCAAACUUAAAUCCUUUCACUUGAACUUCAGAAGGGACUUUGCUCCCCUGGAAAACCAAAAUUUUGUUCUUCUGGAAAGCAUUACAACCAUGUAUUGUUACUACCAAGAGUAUAUAUUUUAGCAUAAACAGGGAGCUCCGUACGUUCUGUGUUUGGUAUAUUUGUGCUUAAGCUUAACUCUUUAACAUGUCCAAGGACCCUUGAGCGCUAUAAUUUGGGGAGACCAGAUGAAAAUGUCAUACCUUUUCCCCACAUAGUAUUAUCGUUGGCCAAGUUCCUUUGUGAUAGCUAAGCUGGCUUUAAGUUUGCCAUGUGGGGUGUUUGCCCGCAUUAAAAAAUUAAACUGAGUUUAACUAUUAUGCUUCCCCCACAAGGAUCCUCAGCGACUGCUCUCUGAGAACUAAGUUUCUUGGCUUUCUUUCAGGAAAGUGACAGCUAAAACUGGUUUUUGAUUACAAAGAUCUCCCUGGAAUGACAAAAUUGCUUAGGAGAGUCCGAGAUCCAUUGGGGUUAGAUUUAAAACAGACACAAAAAGGAAACAUUUCCUUCUGCAGAAGUGUCUUUCUACCCUCAUGAAAUGAUAAAUGUAUGUGUGAGAAACCUUUUGGAUGGUGCAAUACUUCUACGUCAGCUUCUGCCGCCCUCGUAUGAAAAUAGCCUGGAGACGAUCCUGUGUCUUCUUGCAUCCUGGCUAUGCCAGAUGCGUGAAUCAGAUGUUCUGGCAGGGCUACUCAAUGCUCACAACCACAUCACACGUUGCUGCAUGCCCUCAGCUGGGAAAGCUGGAAUGACCAUUUCAACCUUGAGUGGUGCCGUGCAGCAGGAAUGUUGGAAACUCAAGCUUGUCCUUGUAGCCCGCCUUCACAUCUGGAUCAGCAACACAGUGGGGAAGUUCCCCCCCCUCCAAAUCAUACCCACAGGUGUUUAAAGAACUCCUACUGCAACCAGGUGGCCUCUAUCCAUAUUAGGUUAAACGCCCUUUCGCUAGAGAUGAUGAGGUUGUGGGUAUAGAGUUGCAAAAGGCUGGUUGGCGUCCCUUGGAUUAAUUGAUGCUGAAACUGAACAGGUUGUUCAGAAGAUGUUCUAUUCGCAUUGGACCUACCUAAGACAAUGUGUGCAUGUGUUGGGGGGGGCAAACUGCAUAGGAAGCGUUAUGUGUGCCCUGUGAAGAAUACACUUGCAGUCUAGAUUCCCUUGGUGAAUAUGCUGUUACUUGUUUCAUUGGUUUAUUAAUGUAUGUCUUGUAAUGAAGCUCAACGCUAAGAAUCAUCCCGCUAGCAAAAGAAACCUUCUGGAGAUACUUUUUUUAAAAAAACUGUCAUGUUUUUGUGUUGAAUUAAACAACAGAAGUUAAAAUA